GGUGAGGACGACGGGCAUUGAUCCGCGCGCCUCGCGCCUCUUCACGUGAAGCCCGCGCUCCUCUGGCUGCCGGCCACGCCGCGGUAUUUAUAGACAACAAACAAAAAAAGCGAGCCGCGAUCACCACUCAGGGGGAGAAGAAGAAGAAGAAGAAGAGGAAGAAGAAGAAGACGCGUCCUCAGACCACCUUCGAAAACCCUGCAAACUGAGUGGAGGAGCGAGUGGGAGCGGCUGGAUUCGGAGGAUCCACCUGAACGAUGAAGGAACAAGCAUUAUGGUGACGCCCCCGCCCGCCAUCCCCCGUAGAGAUGCUCGCCAGUUCAGACCAGUCCCUCUCCCGCUCCCUCUCGCCCGGCCCCCUGUCCCCGUCCGGCUCCGGUCCAGGUGGAAGGACGCACGUGCAGUCCUCCCUGUCCCUCCCCGAGCCUGAGCCCUGGAGGACGUCCGGGGCCAGCCCCCGCCACGGCCUGGCGCAGGGAGCCCGCUCCAGCUCCCUGCAGGUGCCCCACGGCCUCUCCGAGUACCAGGGGCUGCCCCCUCGAGCCGCCAGCUUCGACGUGCCGUGCGGUCGGGAAGACGCCUCGUCCGAUCAGGGUUCGGGGUCGCUGAGCCCCCACGGCGUGCAGCGGCGGCGCGGCGGCCUCGUGGAGCAGAAAGACAUCAUCAUGGCUCACCAGGCUCACAAAAUCCAGAGCACGCCGCAGGCCCGCAGGAAGGAGUGGGAAAUGGCUCGCUUCGGAGACGAGUUCGCUCCCGGCGCGGUGGACUCCGGAGACGGGGACCCGGAGCGCGGCGGGGAGGGACAGGACGCGGCGGCGGUGGCUGCGGGGCUCACGGCUUCCAUACGGCAAGCCAAGGCUCAGCGGGCCCGGACCAUGGCCAUGUACAACCCCGUCCCCCACCGGCAGAACUGCCUCACCGUCAACCGGUCGCUCUUCAUAUUCGCAGAGGACAACAUCAUCAGGAGAACCGCGAGGCGGAUCAUCGAAUGGCCACCAUUCGAGUACAUGAUCCUGGCCACCAUCACCGCCAACUGUGUCGUCCUGGCCCUGGAGCAGCACCUCCCCGGAGAAGAUAAGACCCCCAUGGCAAAGAGACUGGAGAAGACGGAGCCGUACUUCAUCGGGAUCUUCUGCUUCGAGGCCGGCAUAAAGCUGUUGGCCCUCGGUUUUGUGUUCCAUAAAGGCUCCUACCUGAGGAACGGCUGGAACGUCAUGGACUUCAUCGUCGUGCUGAGCGGGAUCCUGGCCACAGCAGGCGCCCACAUGAACAUCCCGGUCGACCUUCGGACCCUGAGGGCUGUGCGAGUGCUGAGACCCCUCAAGCUCGUCUCCGGCAUCCCAAGCCUGCAGAUUGUGCUGAAGUCCAUCAUGAAGGCCAUGAUCCCGCUGCUGCAGAUCGGCCUGCUGCUGUUCUUCGCCAUCCUCAUGUUCGCCAUCAUCGGCCUGGAGUUCUACAGCGGGAAGCUCCACCAGACCUGCCUGCCGUCCGACGCCCUCCUCGACAACGAGACGGUGGACUCGUCGGAGUUGGCGUUCGCCUGCGGAGUCAGGAAGUGCCCCGACAUGUACGACUGCAACGACACCUGGAUCGGACCCAACGACGGCAUCACGCAGUUCGACAACAUCCUGUUCGCCGUGCUCACCGUCUUCCAGUGCAUCACCAUGGAGGGCUGGACGGCCGUCCUCUACAACACCAACGACGCCUUGGGUAUGACGUGGAACUGGAUGUACUUCAUCCCCCUCAUCAUCAUCGGCUCCUUCUUCGUGCUGAACCUGGUGCUGGGGGUCCUGUCAGGAGAAUUUGCCAAAGAGAGGGAGCGGGUGGAGAACCGGCGGGCCUUCAUGAAGCUGCGGCGCCAGCAGCAGGUGGAGCGCGAGCUGAAUGGCUACCGGGCCUGGAUAGACAGGGCAGAGGAGGUAAUGCUGGCAGAGGAGAAUAAAAGUUCUGGGAGGUCUCCCCUGGACGUGCUGAAGAGAGCGAGCAAGAAGACCGGCGCGCGCAGAGGAGCGCCGGGGGACGAGAAGUACACGGACACGUCCACCGCCAGCAUGUCGCGCUCCAGGAUGAACUUCCGCAGCGGGCGGCGAGGCCCGGCCGCCUACCUGCGGCGCAAAGAGCGCAUGCUACGCAUCUCCAUCCGCCGCAUGGUGAAGACGGACACCUUCUACCUGAUGGUGCUCAGCCUCGUGGCGCUCAACACCGUCUGCGUGGCCAUCGUCCACCACAACCAGCCCGCCUGGCUGACCGUCUUCCUCUACUACGCAGAGUUUGUUUUCCUCGGGCUGUUUUUGGCUGAGAUGUUUUUGAAGAUGUACGGUCUGGGUUUCCGGCUCUACUUCCAUUCAUCUUUCAACUGCUUCGACUGUGGGGUCAUCGUUGGCAGCAUCUUUGAGGUGGUUUGGGGCUUCUUCAGGCCCGGCAUGUCCUUCGGGAUCAGCGUGCUGAGGGCCCUGCGACUCUUGAGGAUUUUCAAAAUCACAAAGUACUGGGCGUCUCUCAGGAACCUGGUGGUGUCCCUCAUGAGCUCCAUGAAGUCCAUUAUCAGCCUGCUGUUUCUCCUCUUCCUCUUCAUCGUGGUGUUUGCUCUGCUGGGGAUGCAGCUUUUUGGAGGAAGGUUUAUCUUUGAAGAUUACACUCCCACCAACUUUGACACGUUUCCAGCUGCCAUCAUGACGGUGUUUCAGAUCCUGACUGGCGAGGACUGGAACGAGGUGAUGUAUGAUGGGAUCCGCUCGCAGGGCGGAGUGCAGUACGGCAUGUGGUCUUCCAUCUACUUCAUAGUGCUUACCUUGUUCGGAAACUACACUCUGCUCAACGUCUUCUUGGCCAUCGCUGUGGAUAAUCUGGCCAACGCGCAGGAGCUGACGAAGGAUGAAGAGGAGGAGGAGGAGUUCUUCAACCAGAGAUACGCCAGGGGCAGAGACGGCCUGAUAUCUGAUGGGAGGAGACGACCGUACCUGUACAGGAAGCGAGCCAUCCACCGAGGCCGCCCGAACUUCCCGGAGGAGCCCGAGGAGCGGGCGGGGGCCGCCGACGAGCAGCCCCUCAAGGGCCCCAGCGCCUUCGUCACCCGGCGCGAGAGGAGGAGGAAGGUCCACAUGUCCGUGUGGGAGCAGAGAGCCAAUCAGCUGCGCAAACGCCGGCAGAUGGCGAGCAGAGAGGAGCUGGUCGCAAGCGCCGCGGAGGACACCGCCGAAACCCCCGCCGUCCCCCAAGAGGCCGCCCCGGCUCACCUGCCCGGGUCCCCCGCCUCCACGGGGAUGCCCCUCCCCGAGGACGCCACGUCGGUGGCCAUCGCCAUCCCCGAGCCGCCGGCCGCCGAGCCUCUGGUGAACCUCAGCGAGGAGAAAACGGGGGGGCCCAACCACCGGGCCGCCGGCGGCGGCGGGGGCCGGCACAGGAUGGCCCGCAAGUUCAGGCCCGGCCAGGGGCCGGACGAGGGGGCGCGGCACAGGAGGCACCGGCACCGGGACGCUCGCUCCGAGGCCAAGAGCCUGGACUGCGGCCAGGCGCCGCAUGAGGAGCCACACGCCAGACGCUCGCGCAGCCAGGAGAGGAAGACGCUGGACGAGGGGGAGGAGAAGGACGAGGGUGCAGGAGGCGGGUCGGUCCCAGACGACGGCGCAACGUGCAUCGUCAACCCGUACGCAGAAGACGGCGAAGACGCCCGCAGAGAGAUUCCCGAUCCUCCCCAGUGUGAGCAGCCGGCGGACGCCACCUGGCCGGAGCAGGGCGACGGCGUCCCCGCGGGCCAAGCCGGCCCCGAGGAGACCGCCUCGGAGGCCGCCGGGUUCACCGCGAGGUCCUGCGAGUCCGGGAGCCGGCCCGCCUCCGUCAAACGGGGGGACAGGUCCAGGUCGGCGGCGAGCGUGGCCGUCGAAAUGUCCGCGCAGCCGCUGCUGGAGCUCACGCCGAUGACAGGGAACAGCAAAGAGUUGGAGGCGUACAGUUCUGAGCAGACGGACAGAGACGAGGAGACGGAGGACGAGGGAGGCGAGCCUCCGGUUCCCGCCAAACCCGCCGCUCCGGAUAGCAUGUUCAUCUUCAAAGCCUCCAACCCCAUCCGGAAGGUCUGUCACUACGUGGUCACCAUGCGCUACUUCGAGAUGUCCAUCCUCCUCGUGAUCGUGGCGAGCAGCAUCGCUCUGGCCGCCGAGGACCCCGUGUGCACCAACUCGGACAGGAACAAGGUCCUCCGUUAUUUCGACUACGUCUUCACUGGAGUGUUCACCUUUGAGAUGAUCAUCAAGAUGAUAGACCAGGGUCUCAUCCUGCACGACGGCUCAUACUUCCGAGACAUGUGGAACAUCCUGGACUUCAUCGUGGUGGUGGGAGCUCUGAUUGCCUUCGCUCUGACGAAUGUGAUGGGAAACAACAAAGGCAGAGACAUCAAGACGAUAAAGUCCCUCAGAGUCUUGAGGGUUCUUCGUCCUCUAAAAACCAUCAAAAGGCUUCCUAAACUCAAGGCUGUUUUCGACUGCGUGGUCACAUCUCUGAAGAACGUCUUCAACAUCCUCAUCGUGUACCAGCUCUUCAUGUUCAUCUUUGCUGUCAUCGCCGUGCAGCUCUUCAAGGGGAAGUUCUUCUACUGCACCGACAGCUCCAUGAACUCGGAGAAGGAAUGCCAAGGCUACUACAUCGACUACAGCCGAGACAAGAAGGAGGUGAAGAGGAGAGAGUGGAAGAGACACGAGUUCCACUACGACAACGUCUGCUGGGCCCUGCUCACGCUCUUCACCGUCUCCACCGGAGAGGGCUGGCCCGAAGUCCUGCAGCACUCCACCGACGUGACGGAGGAGAGCAUGGGGCCGAGCCGCGGGAACCGCAUGGAGAUGUCCGUCUUCUACGUGGUCUACUUCGUGGUCUUCCCCUUCUUCUUCGUCAACAUCUUCGUGGCGCUGAUCAUCAUCACCUUCCAGGAGCAGGGCGACAAGAUGAUCCAAGAGUGCAGUCUGGAGAAGAACGAGCGCGCCUGCAUCGACUUCACCAUCAGCGCCAAGCCGAUGACCCGCUACAUGCCGCAGAACAGGCAGACCUUCCAGUACAGGCUGUGGCACUUUGUGGCGUCGCCCUCGUUUGAGUACACGGUGCUCGUGAUGAUCGCUCUCAACACGGUGGUGCUCAUGAUGAAGUACCACUCGGCGCCGGCAGCCUACGACAUGGUCCUGAAACACCUCAACUCGGCCUUCACCGUCCUCUUCUCCAUGGAGUGUGUCCUGAAGAUCCUGGCGUUUGGAUUGGUGAACUACUUUCGGGAUACUUGGAAUAUUUUCGAUUUCAUCACCGUUCUCGGCAGCAUCUCUGAGAUAAUUGUGGAUUUGCAGUCGGUGAACACCAUCAACAUGAGCUUCUUGAAGCUCUUCCGAGCCGCCCGGCUGAUCAAGCUGCUCAGGCAGGGCUACACCAUCCGCAUCCUGCUGUGGACCUUCGUUCAGUCCUUCAAGGCCCUUCCUUACGUCUGUCUUCUGAUCGCCAUGCUUUUCUUCAUAUACGCCAUCAUCGGAAUGCAGGUGUUUGGAAACAUCAAGCUGAAUGAUGAGAGUCACAUCAACCAACACAACAACUUUAAGACCUUUUUCAGUGCGCUGAUGCUGCUCUUCAGGAGCGCCACGGGGGAGUCCUGGCAGGAGAUAAUGCUCUCCUGUCUGGCGGGUCGGGAGUGUGAACCAGACUCCUCCAUCUCCCCGCUCACGACGUCUCCCGACCACGAGGGAGGCUGCGGGACGGACUUUGCGUACUGCUACUUUGUCUCGUUCAUCUUCUUCAGCUCGUUCCUGAUGCUGAAUCUGUUCGUGGCCGUGAUCAUGGACAACUUUGAGUACCUGACGCGAGACUCCUCCAUCCUGGGUCCCCAUCACCUGGACGAGUUUGUCCGCAUCUGGGGGGAGUACGACCGUCUGGCCUGUGGUCGGAUACACUACACUGCCAUGUAUGAGAUGCUGACACACAUGUCGCCGCCCUUGGGCCUGGGCAAGAAGUGUCCCGCUAAGAUCGCCUACAAGAGGUUGGUGUUGAUGAACAUGCCUGUGGACGAGGACAUGACCGUCCACUUCACCUCCACCCUGAUGUCGCUCAUCCGCACAGCUCUGGACAUCAAAAUAGCCAGAGGCGGCGAGGACCGCAUCGCUCUGGAUAGUGAGCUACAGAAAGAGAUCAGCAUCAUUUGGCCUUACCUUCCCCAGAAGAACCUGGACGUGCUGGUGCCCAUCAACAAAGAUACGGACAUGACGGUGGGGAAGAUCUACGCCUCCAUGAUGAUAAUGGACUACUUCAAAACCAACAAGGCCAAGAAGCUCCGGCAACAAAUCGAGGCUCAGAAGAGCAGCUUGAUGUUCAAGCGCCUGGACGCCUCCACGCUGCCGGAGGACAUUCUGUCCGACAGCCAGUCGCUGCCGAUGAUGGCGCACAGCGCAGGCUCCGCCCUGACCAGGGGAGGCUUUUUGGCUUUGAGCCCCAUCUCACCUCAGGAACUGUUUCUGCAGCCCAUAAGCACCGACACUGGUGGUGCUCAAGAGCAGAAUCCGGUGGGCGGGCGCAGUAGGGGGGUUGAAGCCCCACGGGCGCUCCCGUUAGGGAGGGGUCUGUGUGCGCGGGCCUCUUCCACGCCCCGUCUGGCCGUAGAGCUGCAGACGGAGGUCGCAAGUGGCUCCAUGAAGCGCUCGGCCUCCACCGCUGCAGAUGAGCGGGUGAACGGCCUUUGGGAAGAGGAGAAAAGUCCGGAGAGAGUUUAUCGACCUCGUCACAAAAGCUACAAGGCUGCCGUCUCCCGCUCGGAGCACUGGAAGCAGGGCGACAGGGACCGCGGCCGCUCCAAGGAGCGCUGUCACCUGCUUUCUCCCAGCGCGUCCCGCGGGAACUCCGAAGAGAGAAGUCUGCAGCCAUCGCGAUCUUCGAGCGCGGAGGGAGCGCGUCCCCGAGACAAGCAGGGCAACAGCUCGGACAGUCCGGUGCCGUCCACCUCCGAGUCCAGCACCCCCAGCGCCCGGCGCCCCGCCCCGCAGGCCCGCUCCCGCCCCCACAUCUCCUACUCCCCGCUGCACCCCUCCGUCGGCGAGGACGACGACGAACAAGGCAGCCCGCAGACGGUGAGGCGGGGCAAGCCCAACCGGAAGGCCCAAGAGGGGGCCGCGGGCGAGAGACGGAGGGACGCGGACCGAGACCCGUCCCCGCCGCGGCGCUACCCCUCCGAGCCGUUCCUGGCCUCCCAGGAGGGCGACCACAGCCCGGACCCCUCCGGCCCCAUGGAGACGUUGACCUUCGAGGCGGCCGUGGCGUGCAGCCUGGGGCGCUCGAACACCGUCACCUCGUCCCGCCCGCGCUUGCGGACCGGCUGGCAAGUCCCCAACGGACACUUUCGCAAGCGCAUGGCCGCGACGACCGCCGGCGCGGGCUGCGACGCUCUCAGUGACACAGAGGAGGACGACCGGUGCUAGGGGCGGGACGCACGGAGGAGGGAUCUCCGGGGCGGCGGCGGCGGCGGCGGCGGCGAGGCGGAGCGACGGUCGACGGGGCUCUUCGGGGGCUGUGAGCCCUCUGGAUGAUUGAUGAGAUGUGAACAAUACUUCCUGAAACUGUAGUUGCCAAUUCACACGGAACACUGACAAUAAAUAAGGUCUAUUUCCUGAUAUGUACUUGAUGAUAGAGAGUAAUAACCCACCGCAAAUAGUUGUGGGGUGCAGAUAAUAAAUGAAUGGGUCAAAUUACGUCUUUUGUUUUGAUAGGCGUUUUCAUUUCUGAAGAUGUUUCUAAAUGAUUCAGUGUUGCUCUUAUCUGUAGGGUGUGUGAAUAUGUAACUACAUUUUCUUAGAAAUUGUAGUUGUUUUGUAAAUACGUUGUGAUCAUCACACCAUUGCCACUCCUUAGACCGGAUAAAGACAAAAAGCCAUGACGAAGAGGCACCUUCACCAGACAUGUGGAAACUAAUAAGUAAAACUCAAUAAUGCUGGAUUUUUUUUUUUACAGUGUGAAUGGAUAUGCAGGGGAAAAACUGCCUGAUUUCCCUCGUUAUUUCAUUUUUUUGUAUUGAACACGCAUUGUAGAAAAUGAAAACAGUUAUCAAAUAACAUAAAGAUGCUUAUACGUUAAUCAUGCCUCCGACCAACUUCAAACCUUCUUCAAAAACGUCUCGUUACUUUUUACCAACCGGCGCCCUUUAAAUUAAACUCUACCGACAAUCAUAUACACAUAACAUUGUGAUUUUACUGAGAAAUUAUACAAAAUGACCUUUCAUCGUUUUCCCCCUUUUUCUUCCUUGUGAAUAUUGUAUGAAUCACUGCAGACGAUCACUGUAAAAACACCCCCGACACCCCAUGACACAUUUGUUUCGCAAAUUAACAUUACUCUAACUUACUAAUAAUGUACAGGGGAAAUAUACUGUUUUUAAUAUUUAGGGAAAAAAUAACAAUACACAGUAUCAGCUGAUGAGCUUUAGAGGAAUCUUUGGAAAUGUCCAUUUUAAGGUUUGUGGUUUUGUUUUUCGCCUGAUGAAAGGCCAAUUCUGUGAUACUCACAUAACCAAAAAUAUGGAGAUUUGUAUCAUAGGUACCUGGAAUGCAAAUACGUUGUGGGAUUUUAUGUGUACAAUAGCUGUAAAUACAAAUAAAGGUGUCCUCAAGCUGCCA